CGAGUUGUAAUGUAGUUUUUGUUAAGAAGAUGGCGGCUUCCUGGAAGGCAUGAGAAAGGCUAGCUUCUCCUUAACAAACCGAAAUCAUAAGAGCAUAAAUUCACCGAGUCCCGCCCUCGAGAUAUUUUGCUAAUAUAAGGCAAAGGAUCGAUAUGUCUUCACCUGGUUCCACGGGAUCCGGGACCACGGGCACGGUUCUGCAGCCUCGAUGGAAGCGGGUGCUGGGCUGGUCCGGCCCCGUUCCUCGACCGCGACACGGCCACCGAGCUGUCGCUAUCAAGGAGCUAAUGGUAGUUUUCGGGGGAGGAAAUGAAGGAAUCGUGGAUGAGUUGCACGUAUACAACACAGCCACUAACCAGUGGUUUAUACCAGCCGUUCGUGGUGACAUUCCACCUGGCUGUGCUGCCUAUGGUUUUGUGUGCGAUGGCACACGCCUGCUGGUCUUUGGCGGCAUGGUGGAAUAUGGCAAGUACAGCAAUGACCUGUAUGAGCUGCAGGCCAGCCGAUGGGAGUGGAAGAAGCUGAAGCCGAAAGCUCCAAAGAAUGGCCCCCCUCCUUGCCCUCGCCUGGGCCACAGCUUCUCCUUGGUUGGAAGCAAGUGCUAUCUGUUUGGGGGACUGGCUAAUGACAGCGAAGAUCCCAAGAACAACAUUCCCAGGUACCUGAAUGACUUGUACAUCCUGGAGCUGCGUCCUGGCUCCGGAGUUGUUGGGUGGGACAUCCCCAUCACAUAUGGUGUGCUGCCGCCCCCUCGCGAGAGCCACACGGCUGUGGUCUACACUGAUAGAGCCAACAAGAAGUCUUGCCUGGUUAUCUAUGGAGGCAUGAGCGGGUGCCGCUUGGGAGACCUGUGGACCCUUGACAUCGACUCCCUGACCUGGAACAAGCCUACCGUGAAUGGCACAGCUCCGCUGCCACGCAGCCUCCAUUCAGCCACUACCAUCACUAACAAGAUGUAUGUGUUUGGAGGGUGGGUGCCCCUGGUCAUGGAUGACGUGAAAGUGGCAACACAUGAGAAGGAGUGGAAGUGCACAAACACUCUGGCCUGCCUCAAUUUGGACUCCAUGACAUGGGAAUCAGUGUUGAUGGACACUCUAGAGGACAACAUUCCAAGAGCCCGAGCAGGACACUGUGCUGUUGCCAUCAACUCGCGCCUCUAUGUCUGGAGUGGUCGUGAUGGCUACCGCAAAGCCUGGAACAACCAAGUCUGUUGCAAAGACCUUUGGUACUUGGAGACAGAGAGACCACCAGCCCCAGCAAGAGUCCAGCUGGUUCGUGCCAACACAAACUCCCUGGAAGUGAAUUGGGGCACAGUGACCACAGCUGACACAUACCUGUUGCAGCUGCAGAAGUAUGACAUCCCUGCUGCCACAGCUGCAACUUCACCAGCUGUCAACCCCACACCCUCACUGCCCAGCAACUCUCCGAAGAGCCCUGCUCCUGCAGCAGCGGCCCCUUCCUCACAGAGCCUGCCCCUCACUGGCAUCACACUUGUGCCCCAGGUGGCCUCACCCACCGCCUCUCUGCCUGGUAGCCCACUGGCUGCCGCUGCGGCCCGUGGACCAGCCAUCCUGAAGGUAGCAGCACCCCAUUCCAGCACUGGGACCUCUAUUGUCACUGUGCGGCAUGCCAGUCAAGCUGGAAAAUCUCCCGUCACUGUGACCUCACUUCCGGCUGGUGUCCGAAUGGUUGUUCCUGCACAGAGCACUCAAGGAACGCCAAUUGGAAGCAGUCCCCAAAUGAGUGGAAUGGCAGCUCUUGCUGCUGCUGCUGCAGCCACACAGAAGAUUCCCCCAUCAUCGGCCCCCACUGUACUCAAUGUGCCUGCUGGUGCCACCAUUGUCAAAACGGUGCCAGUUACUGCUGGUACCACUACCCUGCCGGGCACUGUCAAAGUGGCAUCGCCUGUUAUGGUUAGUAACCCUGCCACCCGCAUGCUUAAGACGGCAGCAGCCCAAGUGGGAACAUCAACAGUUUCCACGCCCAAUACACCCUCGCGGCCCAUCAUUACCGUGCACAAGUCUGGCACUGUCACUGUUGCUCAGCAAGCCCAAGUAGUCACGACUGUGGUGGGUGGUGUCACCAAGACCAUCACUCUCGUCAAGAGUCCCAUCACGAUGGGAAGUAGCGGUACACUGAUCUCCAAUCUGGGGAAGGUGGUGUCUGUUGUGCAGACCAAGCCAGUGCAGACCUCUGCUGUGACAGGUCAAGCUUCCACCAGCCCGGUCACUCAGAUCAUACAGACAAAGGGUCCUCUCCCUGCUGGCACCAUCCUCAAGCUGGUAACUUCAGCAGAUGGAAAGCCCACCACCAUCAUUACUACCACCCAGGCAGGGGGCACUGGCAACAAGCCCACCAUCCUGGGGAUCAGCAGUGUGUCACCUACAACCACCACCAAGCCAGGCACCACCACCAUUAUCAAGACCAUCCCCAUGUCAGCUAUCAUAACCCAGCCUGGAGCCACAGGAGUGACUAGCACCCCAGGGAUCAAGUCGCCCAUCACAAUUAUCACUACUAAGAUGAUGACGGCUGGCACAGGAACACCUGGAAAAAUCAUCACGGCUGUGCCCAAGUUGGGUACAGGACCUGGCCAACAGGGGGUGACACAGGUAGUUCUGAAGGGGGCACCAGGUCAGCCAGGCACUAUUCUCCGCACAGUGCCUAUGGGUGGGGUCCGUCUGGUUACCCCUGUCACUGUGUCUGCUGUCAAGCCAACCGUGACCACACUUGUCGUCAAGGGAACAACUGGUGUUACCACUCUUGGGACUGUGACAGGAACAGUUUCCACCAGUCUUGCAGGAGGCAGCAUUGCCGGUGCUAAUGCCUCCCUAGCAACUCCCAUCACCACCCUGGGCACCAUUGCAACCCUGUCCAGUCAAGUGAUCAAUCCUGCUGCCAUCACUGUCUCCAGUGCCCCAACCAGCUUGACUACAGCGUCACCUUUGCCCACUCCGACCAUCACCAUGCAGUCUGUGAACCAGCCGACCCAGGUGACCCUGAUAACCACCCCCAGUGGUGUAGAAGCUCAGCCGGUGCAGGACUUGCCAGUGUCCAUCCUUGCCUCACCCACCUCCGAGCAACCUACUGUUAGUGUGGCUGAGGCAGGGGGUGAUGUGCCCGGGACUGUAACAUUGGUUUGUUCAAACCCGCCGUGUGAGACCCACGAGACCGGGACCACCAACACAGCAACCACAGCCUCAGCAAACAUGGGAGUCCAACGCGUGUGCUCAAACCCUCCGUGUGAGACCCAUGAAACCGGGACCACCAACACAGCCACCACCGCUUCUGCCAAUAUAGGAGUGCAGCGCGUGUGCUCAAACCCUCCUUGCGAGACCCAUGAGACCGGGACCACCAACACAGCCACUGUGGCCUCUGCAAGCAUGGGCGGAGUACAGCGAGUGUGCACCAACCCACCAUCGGAGACUCAUGAAACUGGCACCACCAACACCGCCACCACCGCCAGCUCCAACAUGGGCUCUGACCAGAUAGGCACCGUCCAGAGCCAGUCUGGUUCAAAGUCUCCGCCCUCUAGCUCCUCUUCUCCGCCACCUCCCUCCUCCAUUCCAGAGCCCAGCGCUGCCCCUGGCGUCCUGCGGCCAGAGAACCUGCGCACCGGCACCACAUACACCUCCACCACAGCGCAUGCCAACAUGGGCUCUGACCAGACGGGCACUGUGCAGAGCUCACAGUCCACCCCAGAGAACCGUAGAUCCCUCAGCAGUGCCUCUUGUCCUGUCUCCCAGAUGUGCUCAGGGAAAGAAGUUCCAGUCUGCUCCAGUCCAUCCUGUGAGACCCACGAGACAGGCACCACCAACACAGCUACCCAGGUAGCUUCCAGCAUGGGCACUGGGCAGACUGGGGCGGUGCAGAGAGUGUGUUCCAAUCCACCCUGUGAGACCCAUGAGACAGGCACCACCAACACAGCUACCCAGGCAGCUUCCAGCAUGGGCACUGGGCAGACUGGGGCGGUGCAGAGAGUGUGUUCCAAUCCACCCUGUGAGACUCAUGAGACAGGCACCACCAACACAGCUACCCAGGCAGCUUCCAGCAUGGGCACUGGGCAGACUGGGGCGGUGCAGAGAGUGUGUUCCAAUCCACCCUGUGAGACCCAUGAGACAGGCACCACCAACACAGCUACUCAGGCAGCUUCCAGCAUGGGCACUGGGCAGACUGGGGCGGUGCAGAGAGUGUGUUCCAAUCCACCCUGUGAGACUCAUGAGACAGGCACCACCAACACAGCUACUCAGGCAGCUUCCAGCAUGGGCACUGGGCAGACUGGGGCGGUGCAGAGAGUGUGUUCCAAUCCACCCUGUGAGACUCAUGAGACAGGCACCACCAACACAGCUACUCAGGCAGCUUCCAGCAUGGGCACUGGGCAGACUGGGGCGGUACAGAGAGUGUGUUCCAACCCACCCUGUGAGACUCAUGAGACGGGCACCACCAACACACCAUCAACAGCCUCCUCUAACAUGGGUGCCAGCCAGACGGGCACUGUGCAGAGGAUCUGCUCCAAUCCGCCCUGUGAGACCCACGAGACCGGGACCACCAACACAGCUACCACAGCCACGUGCAGCAUGGAGACUGAUGAAGGUUCAGUUCAGCAGAGCAAUAUGCCACAGGGAGACAACAGCGCAGACUCUUCUUCCUCUCCUGCUCUCUUGCCUGAAGCAGCUAAUCCCACUGCGUCGCAGAGCCGAGCCAUUACCACUGUGACUCAGGCAACACCAGCGCCAGGACCUUCAGUGCCUGCAAUCUCUUCAAUCGUGGAUGCCUCAGCUCUACCGUGUGAAGAGGCUCCGACUGAGCUGGCCCAGGAGCACCUGCCACAGCAGCAGGAUGAAACCUUGGCUGCUGAGCAGCUCCAGGCGAUGCCUGUGGAAACUGCUGCUCCGGAGGAAGAGGGUGAGCCGAUGCAGACAGAGUGCCAGGGGGAGCUGGGAGCGGAUUCUGUCGUAGGGGUGGUGUCCAUGGAGGAGGAGGAAGCCACCAGUGUCGCGGUGGCUGUAGCAGAAGCGGAAGCAGCAGCUGUGUUACAGGCAGAGGUGGAUCAGUUACCAAUGGCCAUGGAGACACAGCACAGUCAAGAAGAACAAGCAGAGCAGUUGGAGCAAGGAGUUGAUGAGGCAGGAGCAUCCCAUGACCCAGAAGCCCUAGCGCUGCCCCAGGAGCUCAUGGCAGAGGGGCAGCCCACCACCCUAAUGGUAACAGGCCUUACUCCGGAGGAGUUAGCAGUUACUGCAGCUGCAGAGGCAGCUGCUCAAGCAGCAGCCACAGAGGAAGCCCAGGCCCUGGCCAUCCAGGCCGUCCUGCAGGCUGCACAGCAGGCUGUCAUGAGUGAGGCUGAUGCAGGUGCUGAUGGUCAGCAGACCACCACAAUUCCCAUAGUGCUCACACAGCAGGAGCUGGCUGCUUUGGUCCAGCAGCAGCAGCAGUUGCAGGAAGCCCAAGCACAAGCCCAAGCAGCCGCCGCUGCCGCCGCCGCUGCUGCUGCCGCAGCCGCAGCUGCUGCCCAACAGCAGGCUAACGUCCAGGCCGCUGCCCUGCCCACAGAGGGUUUGGCCCCUGCUGACAGCCUCAACGAUCCCACAUCUGAGAGUAAUGGGCACAAUGAGAUGGCUGCUGCAGUUUCCAGUGCCGUGGCCAGCCUGCUGCCCUGCACCUCUGCUGAGAGUCUGGCCCCAUCAAGUACCUUUGCACCCUCGCAGCCCAUGGUUGUUGCCAGCCCUGUUAAAGUGCAGGCAGCAUCUUCUCUGGGCGAGGUGGCUAAUGGCAUUGAAUCUGCAGCAGGGAAGCCGAGUCCCUCACCUGCUGUUGUCAAGGCCCCUGUGAAAAAGGAAAACCAGUGGUAUGAUGUUGGUAUUGUGAAGGUCACAAACAUGUUAGUAACCCACUACUUUGUGCCACCGGAUGAUGCACUUGCUACUGAUGAUGACUCGGGGGCCAUCCCAGACUACAGCCAGAUGAAGAAGGUGGAGCUACAGCCAGGCACCGCCUACAAGUUCCGCGUAGCAGGGAUCAACACGUGUGGUCGUGGGGCCUUCUCUGAAAUCUCUGCCUUUAAGACCUGCCUACCUGGCUUCCCAGGGGCCCCCUGUGCCAUCAAGAUCAGCAAGAGCCCAGAUGGUGCCCACCUGACGUGGGAGCCCCCCUCGGUGACCUCGGGGAAGAUCGUUGAGUACUCGGUAUACCUGGCGAUCCAGAGCACCCAAUCUGCAGAGGCCAAAGCUUCGUCGCCUGCCCAGCUGGCCUUCAUGCGAGUCUACUGUGGGCCCAGCCCCUCAUGUCUGGUGCAGACUUCCAGUCUGUCCAAUGCCCACAUUGACUACACCACCAAGCCAGCCAUCAUCUUCCGCAUUGCUGCACGCAAUGAGAAGGGCUAUGGCCCAGCCACACAGGUCCGGUGGCUGCAAGAAUCCAGCAAAGAUGGUGCUUCUGCUAAACCUGCAACAAAAAGGGCUGUGCCCUCAUCUGACAUGAAGGGUGUUGGCCCAAAGAAGGCCAGGUCAGACCAGUGAGCUCCACCACCUGCCUUCCUCUUCUUCCCAACCAGGAAUAUGACUGAACCCACCUUCCCUGAUAACCCGUACGUUCCCAGGUCAUCCUCAACCAGGAACACUGCAUCAGUUACUAAAAUGAAAGCAGAUCCACCGCACCUGACCAGGGUCCGACUACAGCAAGAACUCGGUGAAAAUCUGUGUAAGACACACAGACCAGUUGUGGGACUUGGUGGUGCCAUGAACGUCUUAUUUCAGUCUAUAUAUCGUUUUUUGGUUUUAAAUUCCAUUAGUGAUGAUAUUACUUCUAGAGAAAAAGGAAAAGCACAUUUACUUUUUGCUUUUUCAUUUUUUUUUUUUUUUUUUUUUUUGUUGAAUCAAAGCUGCAACAUUCAGGCAACUUAAUUUGCAGUUACUGGUUGGUUGUAUCUCCCCCCCUGCCCACGUUGUGUUCCCCCAACAAGAACGAUGUGUGGAAAAUACAACUGCUAUUAAUUUUAUUCAUGAAUCCUCGUUACUCAAGGGGGAAUGUGAUAAAAUUAACAUACCUGUUUGAGGACAUGAGGAACAUUGACCUUCGAAUGCAGGAUAUUCAAAAAUGGAAAAACAAACAGCACUUCCUCUGAAAAGAGAAGCUUUGUCCAAGAAAAAAAAUUACGAAUAUACAUAUAUAUUUCUAUAUAUAUAUAGACCUGGACUCCAUCUCUGUGUUCUCUGGCAUCACUGUGUGCUUUGUCCUUUCCUGAGGGUGAUGUGCAAAACUGGGGGCCAUCUGACAAAGUGGAAGAAGGGGCUUGGGUUGGUGCUGAGAAAAAGAACAUGGACUACAUUGGGACUGGCAGCGUGUUAAAAGAAAAAAAUCUUGUAAAAACUUUAAAUUCAAAAUUAGGAAGCAGUGAUGCAGACGUUCUGCGUGUUUAUUUUUGUAUUUUUUAAAAGUACCUUUUCCUUGUGUGUUAUGUGUAUUUCAGACAGCAGUUUUAAAUUUUUUUUUUUUUUUCCUUUCCCUUUUACUGUUUAGUUCCCCAAUGCUUCUUAUAUUCCCUCUGUAAGAGCUGACAUGGCUGCACUGAAGGAGUCACAAUUUUUUUUUUUUUUUUUUUUUUUUUUGUUUUUUUUUCUGUUCAAAAUCCUGAUUUCAUUCAUUGUUAAUGGUCUUGCAUCAGAUAAAAGGGGAAGGACUUUGUUUUGGAAAAGGGCAACAAACAAAAUGAAAAUCCAGGAAGAUGAGGGCUCUGUUUAUUUCCUUUCAUAUGGGGGUUUUCGCGUGCAAGUAAACUGGACAUGAUGGGCAUGACGGGAGGUUUUCUUUUCUUUUUUUUUUUCUUUUUUUUACAUUAAAUUCUGAGAUACAUGUUCCUUUCCGUAUCUGUUCUCCCACAUACUAGUCAAUGGGUUCAAUGCAGUGUGCUUUUAAUUUUUUUUUUUUUUUUUUUUUCUGUUUCCUUAAAAGUCCAGGACAUUAAUUUUUCCUAAAUUUGUUUUAGAAAGCUUUUCUGUUUUCCGAAUUGUUGAAGAAAGUUUCAGAAGACAUAGCUUAAAAGAUAACGAAGGGAAAUGGCGUUUACGGGGGUUUGUGUAUUUUGCGGACCGUAUGCAGGGUAAUGUUUUAUGUGGUAGAGAAAAUAUUUCAAGAAAGAUCAGUCCUGUCUUUUUGAAAGUGUACAGGAAGUUUAUCUUUUUUCCCCUUUUUUUUUUUUUUUUUUUUCUUUCUUUCUUUCCCCUCUCUCCCCCUUUCUUCCUCUCUCCUCCUUUUGGAGUUGGGAAGGGAGGGUUUUCGCCAGACUUUGGACUCUGUUGUAAAUUGGUUGCUUCAUAUAGCAAGAAGAAAAUCUUGGCUUUUUCUAUAUCUGUAUCAGGUUUUUACAUGUUUGUCAUCUCUUUAUUGCUUAUGUCUUGACAUAAACAAAAAUUGUCUUUGCUCAAUUAUGCCUUUCAUUUUUGAGAUUCAACUUUUUCAACAUGUGGGUCAGUGUGUUGGGCAAUUCUUUAAGGAAUAAUUAUAUAAAAUUUGGAUUUCAUUGCAGUUAGUCCUGCAUGUCUACUCAAUUUCAUAAUGCGUAAUUUUUUUUUCUUUUUUUUGCCAUCUAACUCCAGUUCUAGUUAUUGACUAACUUUGGACAGUUUUUAAUUUCAUAAGAUCCCACCAUUGGCUAAUUUAUAUAUGAAGAAAAAAAAAACAUGUCACAAAUAGAAUUUUGGUGUCUGUGCCCAUGUCUCCGUCUCGUUAACUGUGUCAUUCCAAACUGAAAGGACUUGUGACUAGUGGCACCUGAACUUCUGAUCAACUGAAGGAUUGAAUUAAAAGCAUAGAUACAUGCCCAUUUUGUUCCUGUGCUGUGCUACAGAAGUGUCCUUUACCCCUACUUUGAAUGGUCAGUGUUUUUGCAGCUCGUCCGUCUUCACCAGUGUCAACGUUUCCUGUACUGUACAUAAGUUAAGUUGGCAGAGAUGUCAGGCGUUAUAAGCAUUUGGUUGUAGUGUAACAGUAGUUUGUACAAAAAUGUUUAAAACAGUCUGGUAUGAGGAGUUUGUCUAAAUAUCCUUCACAAAUACAAUGGAUUAA